AGAGUGGGCAUAAACCCUAUUAUCAGCCUUCCCAGAUUUUCCUUUAAAUCCUAAUAAUAUCCCUCCCUUCGUCACUCUCUUUCUUUGUUAUACAUAAAUACAUACAGGUUUUGGAAAAUGGAAGAUAAAACUUUACAAUAGCUUUCAGUUUUGUGAUCCAAAUACAUGGCCUCAAUUUCUAGAAGCUUUCUAACAAGAAGAAAAACAACAUUUUCACAAUUUAAGUGGCUCCAACAACAACGACAACCGUUGUCUUCUUCGUUUUUGUAUUCGUAUUCGUCCUCGGCCUCUGUUGCUGUCCCUGAACUUGAACCUCAACUGCGACCUCCAACUUUUCGACCUCAAGAGAAAAGAUGGACAAGGUUCCUGCUUUUUGUUCCGGGAGCAAUCACUUUUGGACUGGGUACUUGGCAGAUCUUCAGAAGACAAGAAAAGGUGAAAAUGCUGGAGUAUAAAAAGAGUAGAUUGGAAAUGGAGCCUAUUAACUGCAAGUACAUUACUCCUUCAGGUGAUGAUUUGGACACUCUGGAGUUCAGGAGGGUAGGAUGCAAAGGAGUUUUUGAUGAGACAAAAUCCAUUUACGUUGGUCCACGUUCUAGAAGUAUAUCAGGAGUGACCGAGAAUGGAUAUUACCUCAUUACACCCCUUAUGCCGCUCCCAGACAGUCCUGAAAGCUUGCAGAUGCCACUCCUGGUCAACAGAGGAUGGGUCCCACGAAGUUGGAGAGACAAGUCUCUGAAAGGUCAACAAGAUGAUGAACAUCCUCAAAGUAAAGAUUCCGUGCCUACACAGGAUAGUGGUACUUGGUGGAGAUUUUGGUCUAAGAGUCCUAAUGUCAUUGAGAAGGACCAUGCUCCACAAAUAAUGCUUGAUGAAGUUGUUGGAGUUAUUCGUGGAAGUGAGAAACCUAGCAUUUUUGUACCAGCAAACGACCCGGAUUCUUUUCAGUGGUUCUAUGUUGAUGUUGGUGGAAUUGCUUGUAGUUGUGGGCUUCCUGAGAACACCAUAUACAUUGAAGCAGUCAAUGAAAAUGUUAACCCUAGUAAUCCAUACCCAAUCCCGAAAGAUAAUAAUGCAUUGGUUCGCAGUUCAGUAAUGCCACAGGAUCAUCUCAACUAUACAUUCACUUGGUAUUCAUUAUCUGCAGCAGUUACAUUUAUGGCUUUCAAGAGAUUACAGCCUAAGAAGAAAUUGAGAUAACGUAUCGUCUGUUACAGAUUGUAGGUGCUGACCAUAUUUUUGUUGCUGGUCCAUUCUUUUUGUUGUAAUGGAGUUAAGUUCAGUUAUGUACUGUCUUUUUGUCUGUUAUCCCAACUAUAUAUAUAAUGGCACUAGAAACAGUUGUGCUGUACGAGUAUUAUAAGAAACACAUGGUUUCCUCCA